AUGAGCUGCUCGAUUUGUCGAUUACCCUUCGUUCCUGCACCCAUUGCUGCAAACCCAUGCGCAGAGCAUUACCCGCCCGAUGGGCUGAUGACCAAUGUCGAGUUUCGGUAUUUUAUGAAGGCUACUGGGGUUGGAAAACAUAUUCUCGGUGGGAUUGGGGAACAUGAUUACUGCUCGGGUAACAUGUUUGGAAGCCGUCCGCCACUCGUGGGUGCCCUAUUUCUCUGGGAAACACCGCAGGAAGGCACCUUCUGGAUGAUCCACACCGGAUGCGCCGGCAUUCUGCGUUCUGUCUUCGAGCUAGAAGACGACGAAAGCGUGAAGCAGAUGGCAGAACUCCUGCAGAUUGAAGAAGUCAUCGGACGUUGUAUGGCUGGAAGAAAAGACCACGGGAGGUUACAAGGCGUACGCUACGAACAAGUCGGUGAACUCAUCGAUCUACGUCCCUACUGGACUCGAGGUGGCGACAUCGGCAAGGACCACGACGAGGUCGUGUUUGAUUUUAGGCGACACAUGGACGUUGGAUUGGGAUGGAUGUUUUCUCGACCUGAUAUUUUCCCUAGGUUCAGUCGCGUCGUCAAUCACUCUAAAAGGGUUGUACCACUUCUUCUGGAAGGGAAAAACGAACCGGUCCCUGGGAAAGAUGUCCUUACGUCCCAGCCACUCGAUAUUAUUCGUGUUCUCCUGCUGUAUCUCGACGUCCCAAGCUACCUCAGCUUGACGAGUACGUGCAAGUACUUGAGGCAUCACGCCGUGACUACAUUCCAACCCCACGCUCGCUUUCUCCUUCUAAAGCACUUCCCUUGGGCAUUCCCAACAGUAUUUGAAUAUGCCAUAAUCAACAAAAAGAAGGAGGUCAGGGAUGCUGUCGUGUCGUCUGAUCUGGAUGUAUGUGGUGCGGUUGAGUGCGACUGGUUAUUGUACAUGUGCCAAAUACAUUGGACGAAGAGCAUGAGGACCAGAAGGUAUGUAUGGAGUGUUUGCAUGGAUGUAAAGAGGGUGUAUGAAGAAAAGAUGAGGAAGAGGGAAGGUUGGUUCUAUUCAAGAACGGGGGUCGGGUUGGUACCUACAGAAAAGAGGAAGGCGUUGGAAAAGAUGGCGAGAGAAAUGGUUACGAUGAGGAAGGGGGCACAGUUCAACUUCAGGCGAGGAUUCUAG